AUGGGCUGCGGCUCCACGGUCGCGUUGUCUAUACCCUUGCCCUGCGUGGUGUUCGCGGCUCCAUCGGUCACAGCAGCUUCUGCCGAGGUGCGCCGCUGGUGCUCGUCGGUCCACGUGUUCUCGUUCUUUGUCGGGAGCUUCUGGAUGUCUCCCGACUGCUUGUCCUCUGAGGUUUGGUCCAGCACCUGGUCCAGUCCCGUCUGGUCCUUAUGGGUCAGCUCGUGGCAGGCCGCCGGCUGGGGCGUGCGCAGCUGGAGGCGGAGGGCGCGGCUGAGCCAGACGGCGCUCCCCUCGCUGGAGGUCCCGGGGCAGGAGCCCCUGCUGCAGGACAUGGGCGGUACCAGGGGGGUGAGCGGGUUCAGCGGCCCGGACUCGCCCUCGCCGCUGGAGUGCGUUCGUCGCGAGCUGAGCAACAUCAGGUACAGACUCCGGUCCGCGUCCUCCGAGCCGGUCGAGCAGCGCCAGCAGCUCAAGCACCGCGAGGGGGAGCUCCGGAAGCUGCAUCUUGAGUACAUGCGGAGGCGCGACCCGUUCCACAAGAACAGACAGCGCGCUCUGAUCGCCCCCGAGAGGGCGCUCGAAACGCUGCAGGGCUACGUCUAUCUCCACCUGCUGGUCUCCAGGACGAAGGGCACCUGGCGGGACGGGCGGGCAUCCCUCCACUUCGACGUGUUCAUUAACGACGAGCGGUGGGAUUCCAAGAAGCGGUGCCCGAUCGGCAUGGGCAUAGCUUUGCACAUACACUCGCCGCUGUCCAUCGUGCGGGUUGCCCUCAUGGACGGCGACUCGGAGCGCGACUUCGUAGGCUUCGUGGAGUUCCGCGUGUGCGACCUCCCCCAGUGCGGGAAGGAGCCCAUUCGCGUCGGCGAUUUCGUCAGGGUGACGACUGACGAGGCAGCGCUGAGGCGUGCCUUCGGCAGCAACCGAGCAGGCUCUGUCGCGUGGAACUCUGGCAUGCGACGCGUCCUCGGCACAACACAGGAAGUGCUCGAGGUGUCCGAGGACGGCAGCUCCGUCGGCCUCAAGGGGGCCAUGUCCGGCAGGGACCAGCCCGUGCUGCGCUACCCCGUCAGUUGCGUGAGCUUGCAGG